AUGACCCUCAAAUCCCCCCUAAUCCUCGAACUCGCCACACCAGACGACAUCCCCGCAAUCACAAACCUCUGGUUCACCGUCUUCAACGAGAGCAUGAACCACCUCAUGCCAGACACGCCAGGCAUGCGCCAAUGGAUGACCGAAGCCAACCACCACGACAUGCUCCAAAAGCCAUACCAGAAAUAUCUCAAAAUCAGCGACCCAACCAGCCCCGACGCGGACGGCCGUCCCCGACUCGCCGCCUACGCCAAAUGGGAUCUCUCCAUGCCCGACCAGCGCGGUCCUCGAUUCCCGCCUUGGCACGCGGACAUGCCUGCUGCAGACUGCGAUGCGUUCUUUGGGAAGUUGGAGAAGGAUCGUGUGCGGGUGAUGGGAGGCCGGAAGCAUUAUUAUCUGGAUAUGCUCGGGACACAUCCUGACUACCGGCGUUGCGGAGCGGGCGCUGCGCUUGUUCAGUGGGGAUGUGAUGUUGCCGAUCGGGAGGGCGACGGCGCUUAUGUUGAUGCGAGUAAAGCUGGUGCGCCGCUUUAUGAGAGGCAUGGGUUUGUGGAUUUUAGUGACCCUGCGAAACCGGGGGAUACUGCUUCCAUGGGGAGACUGUAA